AUGAAGCACUGGCAUACACGCCGAAUCCGAGAAGCCAUCGAAAUUCACCGCCACAACACCAUGCCCCAAGACUCAGGAUUAUACAUCAACGACAUCUGGAAACCCCUCAUCAACAAGUACCCGGUCACUCCUCCUCCACCACCACCUCCACCACCACCUUCACCACCCCCGCAGACACCCUACAUCAACCACCACCAUCCGCCGAACCCUCAAAGCAGCCGCCAGCCUCACAGCUACAAUGCACAGCAGACGACAGCAGACUACAAUGCCGCCUACGUCGGGGACACACAAAGCAUCUCGUCGACAGCACACACAACUCAUGGAUUUGAAACUCCCCGACGUCCGCAACCCGGAGACUCCAGCCCAGACGGACAGCCAGACGGACCAGCAGACCAUCCAUGUCCACUCCCCGAUGACUCAAGCCCGCACGGUCAUGUAUUUUUUCCCCCGACGUCCGCACCCCGAUGA